GCAUAAGGUCUGACCAUUUUUACGUGAAACGCUUUAGGCCUACUAUUUCUCUUUAUCUUACUUUAUUUGAAAUGAAUGAUAUGCACCCUUCAAAAGAUUACUUUGAAAAUGACUGUAUAGUUUCUGCACGGAACAGGACAGAUCUAUUACAAGCCUUUAAAUUAUCGUUUUUUGCCAUGAGCCGUUUUCCUACUUUCCCUUGGAAUCUCCUUCAAACCGAACUUGAGAAGGACAAAUCAUCCGAGUUGAUUUCAGAUAUUUUAAAGCAGACAUGCCUUCAUUCGCUGUGUACCAAACACCCACCAUCAGUCAAAUACAGAAGACUAUUCCUUAUCGAACUCAUCAAAAGGCAUGAAGCUACCGAGUCAGAACGUUUGGAUGAGCUCUACGACGCCUUGGGUGAAGUCCUUGGUGCUGAGGAGAGACCUGAGUGCUUCAAAAGCUAUUUACUGCCAUGUGGUGAUGCUCUGAGCCUGUCAGAGAGUGUGGCAGUGAUCUCAGAAGGCACCACUGGGCUGGUCACAUGGGAGGCUGCCCUCUUCCUGGCAGAGUGGGCACUGGACAACCCCCACAUCUUUAUGGGCAGGACUAUCCUUGAACUUGGCAGUGGAGUGGGGUUGACAGGAAUUGCAGUGUGUCGCUCCUGUAGGCCCUCCAAAUAUGUGUUCAGUGACUGUCACAGCAGUGUACUGCAGAAACUGCAGGAAAAUGUUCAGCUAAAUGGACUGUCUAAGAAAAAUCCUCCCAGAGUUUCUGUGGAAGAAUUGGACUGGGCGGCAGUGACAAUGGAGCAGCUGAGGGAGAUAGGUGCCAACACUGUCAUUGCUACAGAUGUGGUUUACGACCCUGAUAUAAUUUCUUGCCUGGUGAAGCUCCUUACCCAGGUCUUGAGGUGCAUGUCCCCUGUUAGCCCUCCAGAGGUCAUCAUCUCCUCAACCAUCAGAAACCCAGACACAUACAAGUGCUUCAAGCAUAAACUUGAAUCUGCUGGAAUCCAACAUGAGGUCAUCACAGGACCUGUGACCCCUGUUUUUCAAUACAACAGACUCUCCACCAUUGAAUUGAUUAAACUGUACACAUGACAAAUCUACUGCCUUUUAAAACUGUAUGAUAAGUUUUAUUUACAUGAAGUGUACAUUGUAAAAAGUCAUUUUCAGGAGAUAUGUUGGAGUGGUUAGCAAGCAAUACAAAAACCAAAACUAGA